AGCAAGGGUAUUAUCGUCAUUUCAAUGAAAGUCUUAGGGUUUUGCCUCAUAUGGUGGUAAGAUAUAUAGCUGUAUAUUCUUCCCAGAGAGUUCUGUUCCGCAGAAAACCCUAGCGCAACCGGAUCUUCACGAUUAGGAGAUGGCAAAGUCGAAGAACCAUACUGCUCACAACCAGUCCUACAAGGCCCACAAGAAUGGCAUCAAAAAGCCAAAGAGGCAUCGCCACACUUCCACCAAAGGGAUGGAUCCCAAGUUUUUGAGGAACCAGAGGUACGCGAGGAAGCACAACAAGAAGAGCGGUGAAACAGCCUCUGAGGAAGAGUAAAGUGUCACUCUAAGAUGGGGCUAUGAUGAUUAUCUUCUUUGAUUUAUUAUUCAAGCCCGGUGUGUUUUUGUGUCAAAUUUAUCCUCAGUAGUAUAGUCAUUUUUAUGAGUUAAUUUAAUCCAGAGAAUGCAGUACUUACUCUUAUAGCAUCUUUGCUUGUUUUUGUUAUGCGACCUUUUAAAUUUUAUCAAUGGAUUAUUAUUUAGUUGCU